UGCUCCGUCUCCUCGGCGGGCGCGAUGCGGCCUCGGCCGCUGCUGCUGGGCCUGGCCCUGGCGGCGCUGGGCGCGGCGAGCGGGCAGCACCGCGCCGAGUACGACCGGGAGGCCCUGCUGGGCGGACAGGAGGAGGCGGAGGAGUACGCGCGGCUCAGCCCGGAAGAGCAGCAGCGGCGGCUGCGGGCCAUCGUCAGGAGGAUCGACACGGAGGCGGACGGGCUGCUGACGGCGGAUGAGCUGAGUUCCUGGAUACAGCAGUCUUUUAAACACUAUGUUACCCAAGAAGCUAAGCAACACUUCAAUGACUAUGACAAAGAUGGUGAUGGAUUAGUGUCUUGGAAGGAGUAUAAUAUGCAAAUGUAUGAUCGUGUAAUUGAUUUUGAUGAGAACACUGUCCUGGAGGAUCAAGAAGAAGAAUCGUUUCGACAGCUUCAUUUAAAGGAGAAAAAGCGUUUUGAAAAAGCUAAUAGAGAUGAUGUUCCAGAUCUAAAUGUGGAUGAAUUUAUUGCUUUUGAACAUCCCGAAGAAGUGGAGUAUAUGACGGACUUUGUCAUUCAGGAGGCUUUAGAAGAACAUGAUAAAGAUGGUGAUGGCUUUGUUAGCUUGGAAGAAUUCCUUGGUGAUUACAGAAGGGACCCAACUGCAAGGGAAGAUCCAGAAUGGAUACUUGUUGAGAAGGAUCGUUUUGUGAACGACUAUGACAAGGAUAACGAUGGAAAACUCGACCCUCAGGAGCUGUUGUCUUGGAUAGUACCUAAUAAUCAGGGUAUUGCACAAGAUGAGGCUCUUCACCUUAUUGAAGAAAUGGAUUUGAAUGAUGAUAAAAAGCUUUCUGAAGCAGAAAUUCUUCAGAACCAGGAUUUGUUCCUUAGCAGUGAAGCAACAGAUUAUGGUAGGCAGCUUCAUGAUGAACGUUUCUACCAUGAAGAACUUUAGAUUAUUUAUUUUGUAAGCUGUUCUCCUUCCCUUUCUUUCAUUUGGGUCUCUUGUUAAAAGCACCCAUGUUGCAAGUUUUAUUCUGUAAUUAAAGUACACUAAUGUUUGUGUAAAUAAUUUGCAUUCAAAAUGUAACUGUCCUCCUGCAGACUUCCGUAGGCCUCUUCUAGCCUUAAAUAAUUAUUCCCAAAAUUAUAUAGCAUUGGGAAAUAAAUUAUUUGAGGUGUAGUACUGUAUUGUGAAGGGUUGUUCUGCUCUACCUGAAGAAAAUGAAGAAUCAAAAUGAUUCUGAAAGAAUGCAAAGUAGUGACUGAGAGACUACUAUUUUUUUCUAAUAGUUUAAUUAGGGAGGGGAGUGAGGAAGAUGGAGAGAUGUUUACAGUCAGUAUUAAUUGUUUUUUAUUUAAUAUGUUUGGAGAAACACUUAGAUUAAUGCCUCAAUUGUUUAAGAGGUUUCUACUUAAUUUUAAAUGGUUUGUAUACUCUGUUUUAUUGUAUCAUGAAACUUGCUAUUUUUACAUCUACAGACAAUAAUUGCUUUUCAUGUACAAUUCUACAACAUUAGCAAUACAGUGGUAUUUUAUGGUAUUAAGACUCUCUCCAUUUGUUGGAUUAAAACUUAAAAUAUUCUGUC